AUGAAUAGCACGCAUUUACAUCAUCAUUUAUGGCCGUACGCUCUUCGUGGUAGUGUAACGUUAAUUGUCGAAAAUACGACAGUUGAAAAUUUUGAGCAUACUAUAUAUCGCAAUUUACGUCAGAGUAUAGCAAAAAUUAUACGAAAAUUUUGUUCAACAACUCAUCAAGCUUGUUUAAGUAACGAUGCAAAUGUUGUCAGGGCUGAUCAUGUCAUCAUUCAGAGUUAUGAAGAACAGCUAGACGAUCGUCGUUUAUAUGUCGCUGUAUUUAUUAAAGAUCCUUAUCGUCAAGACAUCGCAUUGACUAAUGAUCAAUUUUUAAUUGCGCUCAAACGUCAUCAGCAACAACUAUAUCAAGAUGUAAAACAUCGUAUUAAUAUACCCUCAACAUAUUUCGAACAAACACUAUUAGAUCCUAUAUGGUUAUAUGGUGUUUGCCUUCUUGCUCUACUUGUCCUUGUUGUUGUUAUUCUCAUGUUAAUUACAAUAUUGAGCAAGCGAACGGUAAAAAUGAAUGUUAUCGAUGAAAAAAAUUGUGAAGCAAAUCAACCUGAACAACGAACAAACGUAGAUGGAGAAAGGCUUUUAAUUUCAUCUCCUAUGCGACUAGCUAGUGAAGACGAUCAAGCCAAUUCUACAUCGUUUUAUAAUGAAUCUGAAACUUCCGAAGAAUCAAAUUCAACUGUUUUACCUAAUUUACCACCAUCGUCUUAUUUUUCAUAUUCAGUACCUCGUACAUCCUAUUUUAAUAGUGCUAUUGAAACAGCUAUAAAACAGCAUCUACAUGAUGAUGAACCUAUACCAUUUAUAGACGAUAAUUUAUCAGUAACACAUAGCCGAAAAAGUAGCGCAUGCUGGAGUGAUCGAACAAGUAUAAGUAGUCGAUUUGGAUUCGCAUGGAAAUUGAAUUUAAUGCGCUCAGGUUCACAAACACGACCACCAACAUCAUUAAAUGAGACUGGAGGAAAUCCAAAACGAUUUAAUUUGCGAACCAUUCGCUACACUAUGCCGCCAUCAGAAAAACUUCCGUUUCAUGACGAAUUGUAA